AUGGAUAGGCAAGAGUAUCCAACCAUGGCGGCCAUUCUUGAGCCUGGCCAGGCCAUCAACGUUCUCAAUGACCGCGUGCGACAAGUCGGCCGUGUCAAUUCCGACAUCGCCGACUGGCUCCAAGAACGAAGGAGACUCGAGGAACAGUACUCGAACGGUCUGCGUAAGCUCGCGAGGCGAUCACCGCCCGGCGACUCGAUUCAAGAUCUUGGCAUCUUCUCUGGAACAUGGACCACCCUCAGCUCUGCUCUUGAGUCGCUGGCCGAAUCGCAUCAAACGCUGGCCCAGAGGAUUGAAGUCGAUGUCGAGCGACCACUACGCGACUUUGGCUCGACCAAUCGCGAGAUGCAAGCCAUGUCAACCAUCCAAGGCAAUCUCACUUCUAUGGCCCGUGAUGUUGAGAACGCACAGAAAAAGUCGGAACGUUUGAACAGCAAGGGCUCCAACAACGCGUCUCGUGCCGACUCUGAGCUCGAGGGCGCACAGUCGCAAUGGACUUCUCAGUCUCCAUACGUUUUCCAGUCGCUGCAAUCUCUCGACGAGGCCAGACUGAACCAUCUGAGAGAUGUGCUUACUCAGUUACAAACACAUGAGAUCGACACGAUCGAGAAGACGAGAGAGCCGGCCGAGGCUGUGCUGAAUGGCUUGUUGAACAUCGACGCGGCGGAUGAGAUCAAGACAUACGCUCUGCGUGUCUCUAGCGGAGAUGUGGUGCCUAAAGAAAACAAGAUCAGGAACCGCCAAUCCAUCUUUGUUCCUCCUUCGCUAGCCCCAUCAACUCGCCAGGAUGAUGGCGCAAGCAUGCGCUCGGGAACUGCACCAACAGAGCGAUCCUCAGAGCCCGAGAAGCAGAAAUCUGGCUCCAAGGGCGGUUUGAAGAGACUGGGCACGUUGCUCGGGCGCAACAAGAACCGCGACAGCAAGAUGAUCCCUGACCGCGUGUCCGAGUCGCCAGAGCGCAGGCCAUCCAGGCCAUCGGCCUUCAACUCGCUAUCCAGUAGAUUCGGACGCAACCAUGACUUGCCCACGCCGCUAGAGGAAAACGAAGAGACGACGCGCCCUCGCUCUCCCCUUCGCACCAUCACCAGCAACACCGAUUCAUCGUACCGCGCUGGCACUUCGAACGGCGACAAAGAGUUGCCGCCUAUCGAUGGCUCUGCCCAGUCGCUGGCUGCUGCUGGCCUUGCUCCUGAGCCAAGCCACCAGACUUAUCAGCAGAACCACGCUUCGCAGUUGCAGGAGCCUCUGCAGCCCUCGCAAGCAUCCCUGCCUCUCCAGUCUCCUUCGCAGCCAUCCGUUGCGCAACCUGUUCAACCUCUGCAGCCAAUGCAGCCCAUGCAACCCACACAACCUAUGCAGCCCAUCCGCGACAAUCAAGGCUUCUCAGAGCCGCCGCCCGCCCUCGAUGCCAUCUCACAAGCCGAGCGAGAGGCGAGCGAGGCCAACGACCUUAACCAGCCCCAGUUCAAGCUGGACAUCCGCAAUGCUCCCAUCGCUGAAGAGGGUGGGGACGCUGCUCUGACCAGCAUGGCCAACACUCUCAAGAUGCAAGCUCCUCCCCCAACCUCGCGUAGGGCCGGCACUGUUCGUGGCCGUCGUGACAUGCGUGCUAGUGUAUAUGGUCAGUCUCCCGUCACCACCCCAGACGUCACCACCGAGGAGGGUCCCGUUACCGUCUCGCCUCCGUUACAAACAACCCAAGAGACAACACGCGCACCAUUGGAGAUUUCGACCUCGUCUCUGCCGACUGCACAAAGCCCUUCCUCUCCCAUAUUUACCUCCACCUCAUCUACCUUCUCGCCCUUCCAUGGCUCUGCUCAAGCCACUGCAGCCAGUAUCUUUGCACGUCCAGCCUCGCGCGUUGGUGAGAGCGACUACGACGCAGGCUCCAUCCGCUCCGGUCGUUCUCUCAGCAGUUCGCAGAGCCAGACUAACAAGCACCCUGAACUCCAUGAGCCUGGUCUUAACAGCUCCAUCAUUGAGACUGUGAGCGCUUGGUUCGAGCAGGGACAACUUACUCGUAGCGUCACCAUUGGUGAGAUUGCUCUCGCCUACAACCCCACCGACUUCUCAUCCCCCUUCGGCCACGAAAGCAUUCGUGUGGACGGUUUCUCCAACCUGGAGAAGGUGGCCCCCAACCCAGCCUUCUUGACCGCCGCCACCGAGCAGCCCGGCGAAUACAGCGUCAACCUUGGCGGCAUCUCCAAAACAGCAGUGGCAUUCAAGUACCAAGUCUCCUCCCCUGGCGCAACAGCCGCGCCCCUUCUCUUGAACCCAGCUUGGAAGAUCGAGCCCACACAAACAUCCGCCAUUCUCAGCUACAGCCUAAACCCUGCAUUCACCUUGCCUGCUGGUCAAAGCAGCGUCACUCUACAAAACGUAGUCCUGAUGCUCUACCUCGACCCCACCUCCAAAGCCUCUACCUGCCUCUCCAAGCCAGUCGGAACGUUUGACAAGACCAAGAACCUCAUUUACUGGCAACUGGGCAAUAUUACCCUCUCCUCUACUCCUGGCAAGCUGCUCGCGCGUUUCCAAACUCCAGAGGGAGAAGCCAAGGCAGGACACAUUGAGGCCAAGUGGGAGGUCGUCGGUGCAGACUUGGGUACUGGAUUGGGCGUCAGCGUCAAGGAGGAAGCCAAAGAAGCGGAUCCCUUUGCUGAUGAGAGUCUUGGGAGUGCGGAGAGCUGGAAGAGGUGUGCAGAGGUCAGGAGGGUCGUCACUGGUACUUAUCAGGCUAAGUAA